AUGGCCACUUACAGCUUCAGGCAAACCACCUCCUCUGUGUCGGGGAGACCUGGCGGCUCCUCCGUCCGCUUCGGCGGCGGCGGCAGCUUCAGGUCACCCAGCAUCCAUGGGGGAUCUGGUGGCAGAGGUGUGUCCGUGUCCUCUGCCAGGUUUGUCUCCUCUGGCCUGGGAAGUGGCCUGGCAGGGGGCUAUGGAAGCAGCUAUAGCAGCAGCUUCAGCUAUGGGGGUGGGCUGGGGGGCGGCGAUGGGCUCCUCUCUGGAAACGAGAAGGCGACAAUGCAGAGCCUGAACGAUCGCCUGGCGUCGUACCUGGACAAGGUGCGAGCGCUGGAGGAGGCAAACGCUGACCUGGAAGCCAAAAUCCGGAGCUGGUACCAAAAACAAGGGCCAGGCCCAGCUCGGGACUACAGUGCUUAUUUCAGGACUAUUGAGGACCUUCGAGACAAGAUCCUUGAUGCCACCACCGAUAACGCCAGGACUGUGCUGCAGAUCGACAAUGCCAGGCUGGCUGCAGACGACUUCAAAACCAAGUUUGAAACAGAGCAAGGUCUGCGCCAGAGCGUGGAGGCUGAUAUCAACGGGCUGCGCCGCGUCCUGGACGAGCUGACCCUGUCCAGGGCCGACCUGGAGCUGCAGAUUGAAGGGCUGAAGGAGGAGUUGGCCUACCUAAGGAAAAACCAUGAGGAGGAAAUGAGUGCCCUGGGAGGGCAAAUGGCUGGACAGGUCAGUGUGGAACUGGACUCUGCUCCAGGCAUUGACUUGACCAAGAUCCUGGCAGAUAUGAGAGAGCAGUAUGAAAACAUGGCUGAGAAGAACAGGAAGGAUGCUGAGGCUUGGUUCCACAGCAAGACGGAGGAGCUGAACCGUGAGGUGGCUGUGAACACUGAACAGCUGCAGAGCAGCAGGUCCGAGGUCACCGACCUGAGGCGCAGCCUGCAAGGACUGGAGAUAGAGCUGCAGUCCCAGCUCAGCAUGAAAGCAGCGCUGGAGAGCACCUUGGCGGACACGGAGGCACGUUACGGGGCGCAGCUGGCGCAGAUCCAGGGGCUGGUUGGCAGCAUCGAGGCGCAGCUGGCUGAGGUCCGGAUCGAAAUGGAGCGCCAGAACACCGAGUACAAGCUCCUCAUGGAUAUCAAGACUCGGCUGGAGCAAGAGAUUGCUACUUACCGACAGCUCCUGGAGGGCCAGGAGUCCCAGAUGUCUGGCUCCUUUUUUGGAAUUGCUGACAAAAGAGACAAGCUGGGAGAUGGGAAACACUGAAGGUUCUCCAAAGGUCACCUUCAAAGUGAGAAAAAAGAGACAACAGCCAGGGAUUGAAGCAGGGAGGAGUCACUGAACUGCUGGAAGUGACUGUUGAAGCGCAGAACAUUUCUGGCCACACAAGGUUGAGGCAGAUUCAUUCACUUAGUGCUGAUUAAGUUGUGAAUUGGAUCAGCUUUGCAGUUAUUUCUAGGGCUUGCAUGUACUGAAUUGCUGCAUCUACUCAAAUAAAGAUGAUCUUCUUGCAA